AUGACCACCAAGGCUCGUUCUCCUGGGAAAUCUGCCCCCGAAUCUGAGGAAGUUCAUGUCGGAGAGGCUUAUACGUGCGAUGCUUGCAAUGUUGAUUUGACGCGGAACGUUCGAAUUAAGUGCGCGGCAGUGGGGUGCGAAGAGGUGGACUUAUGUCCAACUUGUUUUUGUGCUGGCAAGGAGCCCGAUCAACAUAAAGCAUGGCACGAUUAUCGUGUAGUGGGAAGACAUUCUUACCCGAUACUGGUGGAGGAUUGGGGUGCCGAUGAAUCUAUUCUUAGGGAAUUGCAGUUGCUCGAUGGAUUGUCGAAAUGUGGGAUGGGAAAUUGGUCUGCCGUUGCCGAGUUGAUUGGUACACGAACCGCUGAGGAGGUGGAGCAACAUUAUACCGAAUGCUACAUUAAUUCUACGGAAUGGCCUCUCCCGCGUCUCGAACAUGAGUUGGACGUGGACUACGAGACCUUCCAAGAACGGAAGAAACAACGAAUCAUUAACCUACGCGAGUCGCUAAAGAAGAAGGCUGGACCGACCCAGCCGUUUGUUUCUGGGCCAACCAACCACGAAGCCGAAGACUUGGUCAAGGACCUCGAGUUUGGUAUUGUCAUGGAUUAUGGUGGCGAUCAGCAACCAGAUGACGAGGAGAAGCCCGAGGGUGAUUCUAUGGACAUCGACGUGGAAGUCAAAGUUGAAAACGAGUCGGAUGCGAAAAACAGUAACGCAGACGAUGACGACGAACCUCAGAUACCAGCUGUUCCCGAAUCAACCGGCUCGAUGCAACUAAAGCUUACGCUCCUUGAUAUGUACAACGAAAAACUUGAUGCACGAAUUGAGGCUAAGGCAAUUGUCCUGGAGCGAGGAUUAACUGAUCACAAGAGGAUACAACAAGCCGAGCGUAAACGGUCUAAAGAAGAUCGAGAGUUUAUUAACAAACUCAAGCCACUUGCUCGAUUACAAACCGCUGAUGACUUUGAAAAUCUCGUUGCGGGGUUGCUCUAUGAAAACACUCUAAAGCGACGAAUUUCGGAACUUCAACAUUACCGAACAAUGGGUAUUACCACAUUUGCAGAAGCUGAACGAUAUGAUCGAGAACGACUUGCCCGGGAACGGGACCGCUCAAUGGGUACAUCCCGGAAUGGAUUUGGGCACCGGUCGUCCGUGCCUCCAGGCGGAGAAACUGGACAGUCCAGAAUUAAGGACGAAUCCAGCCUUGCCAAGUCCAGCAUGGGCUCCCGUCGACCAGCUGCUCCAUUAAACCUCGCUAACGCGCAGUCAUUGCAUUUGCUUACGCCUGCAGAACAAACUCUUUGCGCGGCAUUGCGGAUUCUGCCUAUUCACUUCUUAGGGAUCAAAGAAACUUUGGUCCGUGAAUGCGUCCGACGGGGCGGAAGAUUGCGUCGUCGCGAAGCACGGGAACUCGUGCGAAUAGAUGUUCACAAGACUGGUCAAAUCUGGGAUUUUCUGGUGAGGACUGGCGUUCUGAAGCUUGCUCCUGACGUUGCUCCGGCUACGGAUGCUGCGGCCGCAGGGUCUGAGUAA